UUAUCCGAACAGAGUGCUUGCAUCCUGGUUCAUCUUUAUGCAAUAUGUCUGAUUGACAGGGUCUAUCUCAAAAUACGGAUGUAUUGCCUCCUACUAUAUUGUUCGGCACUGUUUAAUUGUUUUUGUCGAUCAUCUUUUUUUUUUCCUCACCAAGGGUAUCAAAAUGAUUAUAACAGAGAAAAGUCAUCGCCAAGAGAGCGCAGAACUGCUUGCAUUGAAUUUCUUACUGAUACUUACAAUUUUAACGAUGUGGUUAUUUAGGCAACGUCAAGUUAGGUUUCUUCACGAAACUGGCGGAGCAAUGUUUUAUGGUUUAAUAAUGGGACUGAUUCUUCGAUACACUGUCUCUCCAUCAAGCCAUGAAGUUGCUAAGGUGCACGAGUGCAGGAGCCUGAACAGUACACCUCUCUCCCUUAUGGUUAAUGUAACAGCUCAGAUACACCAGUAUAAAUACAUAGGAGAGGUCAGCCAGCGCAAGGUUGAAGGCUUCUAUGCAAGCCCAAUACUCCAGAAGAUGAUAUUUGACCCUGAAGUUUUCUUCAAUCUGUUGCUACCACCAAUCAUAUUUUAUGGGGCAUAUAGUUUAAAUCAAAAGUUUUUUUUCCACAACUUUGGCUCAGUGUUAACAUAUGCCUUUCUGGGGACUCUGAUCAGCUGUGCUGUUAUUGGGGGUAGUAUGUACGGCUUUGUUAAACUCAUGGUGCAUGCUGGCCACAUUAAAGAAGGGGAUUUCCAUCUUACAGACUGCCUCUUCUUUGGAGCAUUGAUGUCCGCUACUGAUCCAGUGACUGUUCUAGCCAUCUUCUCUGAGCUUCGUGUGGACAGAAAUUUGUACACAAUGCUGUUUGGAGAGAGUGUGCUGAAUGAUGCUGUUGCCAUUGUCUUAACAUAUUCAAUAUCAGCCUACAGCCCAAGAGGAGACCGUUAUGCCUUUGAUGGAAGUGCAUUCUUCCAUUCCAUUGGCCAAUUCAUUGGAAUUGUUUCUGGCUCUUUCGCCAUUGGAUCAGCUUUUACCAUUAUUACAGCUUUGCUGACUAAGUUUACGAGACUGUAUGAAUACCCAAUGCUGGAAACUGGCCUCUUCUUCCUGCUGUCCUGGAGUGCGUUUCUCUCAGCUGAGGCCUGUGGAUUGAGUGGAAUUGUUGCAGUUCUUUCCUGUGGUAUUACUCAAGCUCGCUACACUUACUACAAUCUAUCUACUGAAGCCAAAGGAAGAACAAAGCAGCUGUUUGAAUUCAUGAACUUCAUCGGAGAGAACUUCAUUUUCUGUUACAUGGGAUUGUCCCUGUUUACAUUUCAAAACCACGGGUUCAAUUCAAUCUUCAUCACAGGUGCCUUUCUGUCUAUAUUUGUUGCCAGAGCCUGCAAUAUAUACCCACUUUCCUUCCUGCUCAAUCUGGGAAGAGCAAACAAGAUCACCCCGAAAGUCCAACACAUGAUGAUGUUCUCAGGCCUCCGGGGAGCAGUGGCCUUUGCUCUGGCGAUCCGGGACACCUCCACUGAAGCGAGACAGAUCAUGCUCACCACAACACUGCUCAUUGUGUUCUUCACAGUCUGGAUCUUAGGUGGCGGCACCUAUCCGAUGUUGACGGUGUUGAAUAUCAGGGUGGAUGUUGAUCCUGAUGAAGAUAUGAAAGUGGAGUUUUCUUAUCAGACAGCCACUGAGGGACUGGAUGCACCAACCACACAGCCAGACAACCCCUGGCUUCAGAGAAUAUGGAACAACUUAGAUCAUAAAUAUCUGAAGCCACUGCUGACCCACUCUGGACCUCCUCUGACCUCCACUCUGCCCCUGUGGUGUGGACCUCUUGCAAAACUCCUGACCAGCCCACACGCAUAUGAGAACCAAGAGCAGUUACAAAACACAGAGACAGACUUCAGCUCUGUUGGGCUGAAUGGGGAAAAUAAAGGCAUGCCAGCUUCUCCUGACCAGAAAAGAAAUACUGAUACCGAGAAGAUCUCAGCAUCCACAAGUCUUGAAAACAUGCUGGAGGGCGAUUUAGGGCUGGGAGGGGUCACAGAUUUGUCUAGUCAGUGCUGAUUAUUCCAAAUUUGAGACAUGCAACAUGCAUACACACAAUGUAUGCAUUCAGGCUCACAGCAGUCAAUGUACUGUAUUAGGAAAGUAUUUGCAUUAAGGUUACUAAAUCCAGAAUUGAAUAAUUCCCUUCAUAUUGUUGCUCUGUUAAAUCCUCAUCAAUUCUUUCUUGUGAAAUUUUUUUUAUGCUAUUCUUGUUAUAUUAUCUUUUGUAGCCUGUAUUCAAAAUUUAAAUUUCAUGCUUUAAGUGCACAAUGUUCUUUGGUCUUUCCUAUGGCAUACCACAAUGGAAAUGUGCUACAGUAUAUCAUCUCAGCUUCAAAUCUCUUUUCUCUCAAGAGGUACUACGUUGGAGAAGAAACAUAAAAAUGCCCAUGGUAAAGUUACCAACCCAGAACAUUUCACAUUAAACAUUGUUUCCCCCAUUAAACGUUAUUCCUAAUUAUAAAAAAAAA